AUGGCCGAUGCCCGGUUGGACAUCGGUGCGGCUGCUCAGAUUACUGCUGCACCUGAACCCUCGCCAACGCCCAAAGCGUUGCAGCUAUAUCCCAGUUCGGAUAUCAGCCAGGCUUGUAAAUGCCUCAGCAUCCCGGCAUCCGACCUGAAAACCCAUACCUCUACGAAGAAGGCAACCACCACGACCACACUCUGCCCGGUUCCCACGACCUGUGGGAAUGAGGGUGUCCAAUGGGCAUAUUAUAAAGAUAGUGCAAUUCCCUACAACGGCAUUCAAUGCAGCGGUCCUUACACCUGGGACCCGACUGAGAUUAAGAGCAUGGCUCCAUCCUACUCCAGUACAACCUCUGACAUCUACCUCGACAGCACCGGUGCUACAGAUGUCUCGAUCUACGGCUCCGAUCAAAUAUUCGACGUGACCUACAUGGCCCUCAAUCACCGCGGGUACAUCUACGCCGAAGUCUCGGGCGAAUACACGUUUGCCUCACCGGAAACAGAUGAUAUUCUUUUCUUUUGGGGCGGCUCCAAGGCAGUCUCAGGAUGGACCGAAGCAAAUGCCGACGCAACCAAUUACUACUGUGGUCCCGGAGUCUCAUUCACCGUGUCGCUUCUCUCGGGGCAGUACUAUCCAUUCCGUAUUGUGUAUGCCAAUGCGGAGGCUAAUGCGUACGAGAGCAUUACUAUCACUGCCCCUGGCGGUACAGUCAUCCUUGGUCCGACCUCCGCGGCGUCGCCAUACAUAGUGCAGUAUUCCUGUGAUGGCACUUCGGCUCCGCCAUUCCCGGCUUUUGGGGAUGAGUCCUAA